CAUCAAACACUUGGCUUGUUCCAGAAACAAAAGGAGCUAUUGUGCAAGGUGGAUAUGGUCAUACCAGUGUAUAUGAUGAAAUAACAAAGUCUGUUUAUGUUCAUGGAGGCUAUAAAGCAUUACCAGGCAAUAAAUAUGGAUUGGUAGAUGAUCUUUAUAAGUACGAAGUUAACACUAAGACUUGGACUAUUUUGAAAGAAAGUGGGUUUGCCAGAUACCUUCAUUCAGCUGUUCUUAUCAAUGGAGCUAUGCUUAUUUUUGGAGGAAAUACCCAUAAUGACACUUCCUUGAGUAACGGUGCAAAAUGUUUUUCUGCCGAUUUCCUUGCAUAUGACAUAGCUUGUGAUGAAUGGAAAAUAUUACCGAAACCAAAUCUUCAUAGAGAUGUCAACAGAUUUGGACACUCUGCAGUAGUAAUUAAUGGGUCCAUGUACAUAUUUGGGGGAUUUUCUAGUGUACUUCUUAAUGAUAUCCUUGUAUACAAGCCUCCAAAUUGCAAGGCUUUCAGAGAUGAAGAACUUUGUAAAAAUGCUGGUCCAGGGAUAAAAUGUGUUUGGAAUAAAAACCACUGUGAAUCUUGGGAAUCUGGUAGUACCAAUAAUAUUCUUAGAGCAAAGUGCCCACCUAAAACAGCUGCUUCUGAUGACAGGUGUUACAGAUAUGCAGAUUGUGCCAGCUGCACUGCCAAUACAAAUGGGUGUCAGUGGUGUGAUGACAAAAAAUGUAUUUCGGCAAACAGUAACUGCAGUGUGUCUGUCAGAAACUAUACCAAAUGUCAUGUGAGAAAUGAACAGAUUUGUAACAAACUUACCAGUUGUAAAAGCUGCUCACUAAACUUGAAUUGCCAGUGGGAUCAGCGACAACAAGAAUGCCAGGCUUUACCAGCUCAUCUUUGUGGAGAAGGAUGGAGUCAUAUUGGGGAUGCUUGUCUUAGAAUCAAUUCUAGUAGAGAAAAUUAUGACAAUGCAAAACUUUAUUGCUAUAAUCUUAGUGGAAAUCUUGCUUCAUUAACAACCUCAAAAGAAGUAGAAUUUGUUCUGGAUGAAAUACAAAAGUAUACACAACAGAAAGUGUCACCUUGGGUAGGCUUGCGGAAGAUCAAUAUAUCCUACUGGGGAUGGGAAGACAUGUCUCCUUUCACAAACACAACACUGCAGUGGCUUCCUGGUGAACCAAAUGAUUCUGGGUUCUGUGCAUAUCUGGAAAGGGCAGCAGUGGCAGGGUUAAAAGCUAACCCUUGUACAUCGAUGGCAGAUGGCCUUGUCUGUGAAAAACCUGUUGUUAGUCCAAAUCAAAAUGCAAGACCAUGCAAAAAGCCAUGUUCUCUAAGGACAUCGUGCUCCAACUGUACAAGCAACGGCAUGGAGUGUAUGUGGUGCAGCAGUACGAAGCGAUGUGUCGAUUCUAAUGCUUACAUAAUCUCUUUUCCAUAUGGACAGUGUCUAGAGUGGCAAACUGCCACCUGCUCUCCUCAAAAUUGUUCUGGAUUGAGAACCUGUGGACAGUGUUUGGAACAGCCUGGGUGUGGCUGGUGCAAUGACCCAAGCAAUACAGGAAGAGGACACUGCAUUGAAGGAUCUUCACGAGGACCGAUGAAGCUUAUUGGAAUGCACAAUGAGAUGGUUCUUGACAGCAAUCUUUGUCCCAAAGAAAAGAAUUAUGAAUGGUCCUUUAUUCAAUGUCCAGCUUGCCAGUGUAAUGGACACAGCACUUGCAUCAAUAAUAAUGUGUGUGAACAGUGUAAAAAUCUCACCACAGGAAAACAGUGUCAAGACUGUAUGCCAGGGUACUAUGGAGAUCCAACCAAUGGAGGGCAAUGUACAGCUUGUACAUGCAGUGGGCAUGCAAAUAUUUGUCAUCUACACACGGGAAAAUGUUUCUGCACAACUAAAGGAAUUAAGGGUGAUCAAUGCCAAUUAUGUGAUUCUGAAAAUCGCUAUGUUGGUAAUCCACUUAGAGGAACAUGUUAUUACAGCCUUUUGAUUGACUAUCAGUUUACCUUCAGCUUAUUACAGGAAGAUGAUCGUCACCAUACUGCCAUAAACUUCAUAGCAAACCCAGAACAGUCAAACAAAAAUUUGGAUAUUUCGAUAAAUGCAUCAAACAACUUUAAUCUCAACAUUACAUGGUCAAUUGGUUCAACAGCUGGAACAAUAUCUGGGGAAGAGACUUCUAUAGUUUCCAAGACUAAUAUAAAGGAAUACAGAGAUAGUUUUUCCUAUGAAAAAUUUAACUUUAGAAGCAAUCCUAACAUUACAUUCUAUGUAUACGUCAGCAACUUUUCCUGGCCUAUUAAAAUACAGAUUGCAUUCUCACAACACAAUACAAUCAUGGAUCUUGUGCAGUUUUUUGUCACUUUCUUCAGUUGCUUUUUAUCCUUAUUGUUGGUGGCUGCUGUGGUAUGGAAGAUCAAACAAACUUGUUGGGCUUCUCGGCGGAGAGAGCAACUGCUUCGAGAACGACAGCAGAUGGCCAGCCGUCCCUUUGCUUCUGUUGAUGUAGCGCUGGAAGUGGGAGCUGAACAAACAAACUUUCUGCGAGGGCCAUUAGAGGUAGGAACAGCGGUGCUGAAAGGGGACCGCUGUGAUUUGCAUAUUUCUAUUGCUUCUCUAAUCUGCAUCUGCUUGUGA